AUGUCACAACCUCCAGCAAUUCCGCCUCGAGGUGCACGAACGCCUGGCAGCUUUUCCCCCGCUGUUGGCACUCCAUCGCAAGCUCAAUUGCCCUUCUCCUCGAAUACAUCCUCGCGGCCAGCUCUACGUCGCGUUUAUUCAUCCUCAUCCGACGACUCAGAAUCCGUAUCCAACUCUCGAACGAAGAAUGGGCCUAUGCCCCCGCCUCCACGACCCCCCUAUGCAACAUCCCAUUCAAACUCAAGCACAGGAAGCUUGCAGAACUUCUCCAGACCAACCCCGCCCACACAAACUCGUUCGGAUCUUCCCUUGAGGAAUGCUUCGCCAGCAGUAGGCACAUCGAAGAAAUCGGGGGAAUUUGUACGGGGUCACAGUCGAAAGCAAGGGUCCUUUGAGCCAUACCUACCUACCGCAGCAGCCUCCAAGUUGAGCAAUAUGGCGAACGCAAAUUCAGGGCUGAGCGCGAGCCAGAUUGCUGCCCAAGCUGCCAUGCAGCAUACUCACUCACGCCAAAGGUCGCAGACAGUGCCAUCCCAAUACAACAAUGGCGAUUCGGGUUCGAGUACGUCUGGAAGUCGUAGGCCGAGUCGAGCUGGAGGACCAACGAGUACGCCGUUGUUGAGCCUUACAGAGGCAUCCGGGCCAAGAGAUAACGGUUUCGGAGGGCAGGUGUAUCAUAAUGGGUUAUUGGCAGGCGGGCAUCAAAGCGCGGCUCAAACAGCGGCCAAUGUGGUGUUUCCAAAAUCUUCUGCUUUAUCACCGGGUCUUCCACUUUCGGAACACGACCAACUUCGGACGCAGCCCGACAAGCCCAUCAGUAAGGAGUCGAAGAGCAAAGUAAAGCUAUUUUCCAGACCAGGAAAAAUCGGGAUAAGCAAAGACAAAGAGGCCAGUCGUGGAGCAUUGCCCAGUCCAAGUAAGAUGGCCUCAUAUACCCUGCAGUCACUGCAACGAGGAAACUUCAGUACCAACAGUUUGACAGAUUCUAUGUCGAGCGCCGCAAGCAUGUACAGCAUGGCCAAUUCCUCUUCAGCGACCAUCCGGGGCCCGGAGCCUCCAUCCAACGAAAAAGAGAAAGAGAAACAUAAGCAUCAUUUCUUGUCAAGGCAAAAGCACAAGUUAUCUAGUAAGGAUGAGCACCAUUUACCAUUAUCUUCGGCAGCUAGUAACUCGAGGCCAGCGGAUCCCAAUGCCCCCAGCAGUUUAUACAAUUUCAAUCUUCCUCCCAGUCCAGGCCCUUCAACCACGAGUUUUGCCAAGAGCAUGAGUGGGUUAGAUUUGAGGCAUGGAGGUAGAGCUUUGAGAGAGAAGAAAAAAGAGGAGAAGUCUGAUGCGUUGAGAGAAAGUGAAUUGUCCUAUCAAAAUAAUAACGAAUGGCUGGGUCCAUCAAGUUUAGGUUCUGCUGUGGGAUCUGGAGCCAGUGUCUACGCCGGUAGCGUUUAUGGCGGUGAGGCACAGGAACUUGGCAAGUAUGGUUUGAAUGGGAUGACUUCUGAUGAUGCCUGGCCGUAUCUGAGAGCAAAACUUCUGGUUAUUUUCGAGGGUGAGGAUUUGAGACUUCCGGUGGAGGACUUGAAUCGUCUAGUCACGUAUGUAUCAACUUCAACUUCAAAAACGAUUACUGACAAAAUAGUAUCCAUCUUCAACGUUGUAUACAAAAACGCACCCCAAACUUGGUUGUAGAUGACUUGAGAGAUCUCCUUGCGACAGGGUUUAGUUCUCUAAAUCAGAAUUUACGAAGGAUUCCUGAUGAACAACUUAUUCCACAUCUUGUAGAAAUGUGGCUCUUUACCUUUACCUCAAUUCUGCCAUAUAUGCAAGCCGUUUUUCUCCCGCUUGAUCUGGAAUUUAGUGGGCAUGGACUUUUGAUGUCUCCAGAGGCGGCAAGAGAUUUUUGGGGUGCUCUUCCAUUAUCGUCAUCGAACGGAAGUGUGCCUGCGUCACAGGCGUUAGAAGUGAGAAGGAUAGUGCUUACCGCAUACCGGGAUAUUGUAAUCCUUCCUCGCUUCAACACCCUUAAAACAAUCUUCUCUCGUCUCUCACUAGACUCUAUAUCUCUAGCCCUCCCACCGACAGACAUCUCUCUUCUCUCUACAUCCCCCGACUCCUUUGGUCGUCCCUCGACUGCCAUGUCGCUUGAUCCCUCUUAUGGCUCAUAUAACUCCCAGACCACUACUCUUCUAGGCGGUUCCUCGGGUGACGGCAGCGGCAACCGGUCCCGCGCCAUCUCCAACGUCUCUCAUACUUCUGACUCUGCCGCUGGACUUGGAAUUAACACCAUCCCACCACCUCAGCGACCCUUCACUCCCUCUUCCACGCAUCCAAUACAUCGCCAGAGAGAGAAGAGCGUAGAGGAUAGCAGUAAACAGGUAACGGAGACCGUGGGUAGGGUGUUACAGUGUAUGAGUGUGCUUACUAGCGUCGGAGUUGGUGCGGGAGGGGAAGAAGGAAGUCAGAGGAAGAUGGAAGAACUUACGAGGGGCUUGAAGUUGAAUUGGCUGGGACGAGGUAGAAUGGGGAGGGAUAGAAGGGGAUUAGUGGGAGCGAGAGUUACGGGGACGAUGGCUGGACGGGCGGUGCCGCCUGUUUGAGUCUUUUGAAAGGGGUGGUUCUAGGAUUCAUGAUUAUGAUUACGAUGCAUUGUCUGGUGUUAUUCUUGGGGCUGAAAGAUUGUGAAAUGGGAUGGGGACUACACGACUUUGUAUAGAUGAAUGUGGGAUUCGGCGUUUAAAGAUACCAUGACAGAAGGCAGAGUUCUCGGUGGGUACUUGUACAUGUAUGAGGAAGAAGAUAUUAUGCUAGCAAGUCUUGGAAUAGUUCAACGAUGAUUAUACCAAAUUACUUGGGGUUAUC